UGCGUCGACUCCGGCUGCCAUGGAGUGAGUUAGUGAUGUUGCUCUCUGGGCUGCCUCAUGGCAUGACAUGGCAUGGGGGGACGCCUCACGGAUCCUCGUAGUAGCUUCUCUCCUUGCGCCUCCUCCUCCUCCUCCUCCUCUUGUGUCAUUUUCCCUUGCUCUCCCCCAUGCAUGGCUUCCUCCGACGUCCCUCCUCCCGCCUCCGCUGCACUCCGCGAUGAUGAUGACCCUCCUGUCGCCACCCACCUCGCGCCCUUGCAAUCAUCCCCCACCUCGCUCCCUGACAUGGGCCGCCAGAGCGCUUCGCCUGGGCUCACGGCAGCUCAACCAGACGUGCUCUCGUUUGGGUCUUCCUCUUUAGUGUGGCCUUCCGUGUCAGAUUCUGAUGAUGAAGGUGAAGGAAACCAGGAUGCAAGUGUUGCAGGAAGCCGGGUCAUGUAUCCUGAGGUUUGUGGCGAUUCCGAUGCGGAAUCGUGUCGUCUAGCAGGUAUGUUUUUUGAAGAUGUGAAAGCCGGAGACAAAGAGCGGGAAAUUUUGGAAGAAGAUGUGGGGGAUUGUGCUCCUGUUGAAGUUUAUGACGUUGUGGAAGAUGCCCUGGAUGAGGAUGUUUUAGAAAAGUUGAGGACAGAUUCUCGCGAACAAGACCGAUUUCUUGAUGAAGUCGGUUCCAUGCUAUCUGCCGAUGAAGCAAAGAUGCUCCGACCAGGCGCAAUCCAUAAUUCGUUUGAGGACGAGUCGAGCUCAGUGACUACAUCUAACGUCAUUGUUAGGGACGAAGUUCCUGGGCACACGACACAAGGACUAUCUGAUGACUGGCUGGGAGCCGAUGAUGCUACAAGCUCAUUAAAUACUCUCGGAAAGGAAACGAAUGACUUGGAGCAUGAUACUCUUGAUUCAACCUCAAAUUCACGAGGGAUGGGUUCGAAAAGAGUGUACACGUUUCCUAAAAGGCAGGAUGAGGUACUUGCUGCAGCAGAGGAAGUGGGGAGUCAGGUUCUUUUGUGGCCAGUUGGGAUUGCGAUUGAAAUUAUAGGGUUUCAAGUGAAGCUUAUACUGCAGACAGUCUAUUUUUCUCUUUGGCUUUGUGGUUUCAGCAUAUCAGUGAUCACAUUUCCGUUUCGCGCAGCCAUGAAGGCGACAAGCGUAACCUCGGCUACCGUCGUUGACAUGUACACCCUUGCUACACAAGUACGACCCAUGGUAAAGGAAAAUAUUGCCCAAGCAGGACCUAUGCUGAAGCAGACAACGAAGAGAUGUGGAUUCGGAUGUCUCGCAGCAGUUUAUGUCAUGUUUAUGUUAGGGUUCCUCCUCGUUCCGGCCGUUCUUCUCGAUAUCAUUGUUAUGCACGGGCUUGUGGACGAACCGGUGGAGUUUCGCCAGAUCCUGCAUUUCGACUACAGGGAGGAGCAUCCAAGCGCAGUCAUGUCUCUUCUGCCUCCAACAAUUCUCGCUAAAGUUAAAGGCGAUGUAUACCCUAACAAAGUGCUGCGAGCUCAUGCAAUACCCCCUUCACACGGCGUGGAGGUCACCAUCUUCCUGAGUCUUCCAGAGUCCGACUACAAUCAGCAACUUGGAAUGUUUCAGGUAAGCGCAGAGUUGCUGACAGUAAGGGGUCAAGUUCUAAAACGAGCAAGCUGGCCUUGCAUGUUGCGUUUCCAAAGCUCUCCAAUACGGUAUGCUAAGCAUGUGAUCCUUGGGGUUCCUCUAGUGAUGGGACUAUCGAAGGAGUCGCAGAUGCUCGGUCUGCGAUUGUUUGAGAAUGAGAAGACCCUUUCAGCUCCGGUGGCCAUGGUGAGAUUUGUAUUAGAGCCGAGGGCAGGUUUCCCAAGAGGACAUGGGCUACCGGAAGUGUACUCUGCGGAGGCCCAAGUGCAAUCAGUGCUACCAUGGACAAGGGACCUCCUGCGUAGAUGGAAAUGGACGUUCUAUGUGUGGAAUGCUCUCUGUAUCUUCAUGUUUGAAAUUAUGGUUGUCCUCUGUUGCUGUCAUCAAGUAUUGUUACCAACAAGGCUCCUUCAGGCCAUCACCGAAGGCUUCAGAGAACCACAAGUAGUCUCUGUAAGAGACACCCCUUCUAAGAGGACGAGCAAGUCUGGUCGCCGUGUUAACUUCUCUGACGAGCUGCCUGUUGCUCGAGCGACACUGGAGCCUUCCAAGGCGCGAGAGCCCCAGUUUAGCAGGCCCGAAUCCACCAGCUCACUCACUGGUCCAAGAUUGCAACGCCUUCCACGCCAAUCCAGUGACAGUGAGGAUGCCAGCUCCGAAGCCACCAGCAGCUGGAUUGCACCACCGUUGGAAACCUUGGAUUAUGUGGGUGGCAUGGUCGAAGCUGCAGAGGAAUCAGUAAAGGAUUUAGGGGAGACGGCAGUAGAUGGUGCUAGGAGAGGUGUGGGCGCUGCUUUGCACAAAGUCGGAAAGGUUCUGGAUCAAAACUAGAGACUCAAUUUUGAUCACAGGAAAUUAUGACCAAACAGUGCCUAUAAGUAGUAUGAAAUCGAAUUGUAUAAACCUAGUGUUUGCAAGAGAUCUGUAUAGAGUCCUUCAUGCCUCUAGUUAGAUUUGGAUCAGUACAGCAGAAAAUGCCGCAUGGUUGUGGAUAACCAAUGUGGAAUGCAUGAUAAUUCCACUACCAUUUCACGACAAGCUGAAUUUUGUGUUUCUUAUCAGGACAACCUAUCUAACCUGCAACUUGAAUAUAUGCUUUGAGUACAGUUCUAGGUCUUACAGUACAGAUGUGAGUUCUUUGUCAAAAGGAUACUUUAAGUACAGAAACUUUUAGGUAAUGUAGAGUUGUUACUUCUAACAGUGGAAUAGCUACCACUAUGAUUGCUUUAAUAAUCAAAACAAUCGAGAAUUGCAGAAAAUUUUAAGAU